CUAUACAAAUAACCACAUAUAUACUAAGCGCACAUAUACAUGAGUGUGUGUUAUUAUAUAUACAUCAAUAGUGUACAAUAGGACACAAUAGCCCAGUAUAUUUCAGCAGAUGCAACAUCUAUAAAACCCUAGUAAUUCAUUGGUAUUUUGUUGAACUGUUGAUAUCUAUUGGCUCAGCCACUAAUUAAUUAGUUGAAUAUUCGUAGUUAGAUUAAUCUUGUACAAGAUACUAGGGUUUUGGAGUGUUGAAUAUCAAUCUAUAAGAGCCUUAACUUUGAAAGGGGUUUAAUUUAUGAAUUUUUUUUUAACAGAAAAAUGUCGGAAAUUCCGGUGCUAGGGCGUAUGCGGCGGCUCAAUAACAUGAUUGAAUCCUUCAAAGAAGGAAUGGGUACGGCUAUCGGGGAGUUGGCCAUGCAAGCGUUACUAAACCACCCGUACCCUCCAGGGUGUGGCGGGGUUCGAAUCCCGGACGAAAUUGAAAAGGAUGAAAAGCUUGCUAGAUUGUGGCCUCAACUAGAGCAACACAUUUUAGAGUGGCGUAAGUUAGUCUACUUGAUGGGUUACGUAAUGAGGACCCACAUCGAAGAAAUUACCAACCCUAGUUUAGAGUUACUUAUUGACAAUGCCGAGAAAGCAUUGCCUUUUGAGCAAACAAAUCCUCGCGUAAAACGAGUCCGGGAUGCCACUAAGAUCCUCGUACAACAAUCCAUGCGUUUGGACAAACUAGUCAGGGCUUACGAGGACCAAGCCACAGCUUAUGCUCAAGAAAACAACGAUCUCGAUACUAUGGAAUGGUAUGGGAAGAAUGCGAGUAGGUAUUUGCCAAGCCCUUCGGUAAUGAUUGAAAAGCUACAACGGGAGCCGAACGAGAUUGCGGCGAUCUUAUCACCAUUGAUUAACAUGGAUGGUAAGCAAGUCCUGCAUCAUGAGCCCAAAGUAGCAGCAAAUAUAGAUUGGGGAUGUAACGCCAUCUGGAAAAUAAGGAUGGCGUCGUCGUCUUUACUCUCAACGCCGCCAUCUGGAAAAUAAGGACGACGUAGUUAUCUUUUCAUCUUUGACUAGCUAGACAUAUUACUUUCUCUCUCUCUUUCUCUCGAAAUGAUUUGCGUGUACGUGGAUCAGAUGAUCGUUUUUCCUGGUUUUAUAUUUAAAGAAACCAAAAAAGAUGGAAAUAAAUGGGGUUUUUUAGUUGCGAUAUGGCCGGAAAGGCAGCCAUCGUCUUUUUGUAGUGGAUUUCGUAAUCUAUAGAAUAAUUUGAAUGAGAUGAUAUUUAGUUGCAAUGUGGCAAGAAAUUGGAAUAAAAUCCUACUGAAGUUUCAAUUUUGGAUUAACAAUUUUCAAUUCUAAUUCCAAAAUUGGA